CUUAUUUUAUUAAAUUCCGCUGCAAAGUAACGUGGUUCUGUACAAACGGAAAUGUAUUAUCCCUGCAUGCCUUAUAUCUGUGUGUAGUGUGUUUUUGUGUGUAGUGAAUGUGUGAUCCAAGCGGAGUUGGAAUAUUUCUUAUGCGAGCAGGAUCGGAGAGGAGCGCCCGUAGUUAGUUUUUCGUAAAUCCUAGUACCAAGAGUAUGCAGUGUAACCAUAAUGAUGCGUCAGGCAGCAGAUACAGCCCACUGUCGGUUUAUUGGCCGACCGAUCAGCAACGGCUUAGAGUGUAAGGAGUACAGCGGCACACUCCAACCCACGUGCCAACCGAACCGUGAGGGGUAGACGCAGGGCCGGCCUGCUGAACCCAUAGUGUGUAUAAAGUUCUCAUAUGACGAACGAUCGACCUUAACGAUCGUACAAAAGGUACAUACAGUAGCAUUUGAUCGCGUCGUACUAAAUCCUUCUCAUCGCUAGUGAUCCCGAAAAGUGGUGCCCCAUCGACGGCCGAGAACGAGAGAGUGAGGGAGAGAGUGAGCAUGGCGUCGGAAACCGAAACGCCCGUGCCGACUUGUCCGCCGCCACCGGAAACGCUCGAGCGUGGUGGCCAGUGCCGGAAGGUGUCGUCGAAAAUGAUGCCCCGGUCGGGCGAGGGCGACGGUGAACGGGUUGCGAAGAUCGGCGGUGGUGGCGUGCGGCGGACGGAACCAUCGGCCCCGACGGUGGAUGUUAGUGGGCCGGCGGAAAAUGGUGGAAGUGUUGGAGUACGCGGCGCGGUAGUGUGUAGCGGCGGGGCCGGCACGUCGGUGACGCUCGAGGAAAUCCUGAAAACGUUCAACGCACCGAUCUCGGAGGAUCAGGCCUGGGCGCUGAUCUUCCAGGCGUCUCGGAUGUUCAAGGCGCGACUUCAGGAGUCCGGCUGUAGACUACGGGACCUGCGGUUGCCCCUGCAUCCGCAUCAACUUCACGUCCAAAAGGACGGUAGCUGCUUCGUGACGGCUAAAACAGAUAAGGAGCUGUGCGUACCAUCGACCCAGAAAAAGAUACUGCUCAAACUGGGUGUCGUCGUGUUCAAGGCCCUAGACUUCAACCUGUCAUCGACCGAAGACUGCCACAUUUCGCACGAGCUGGAGGAGCUGAUCGACUUCAUGACGUCCGAAGACAACGAUGACGAAGGCAUCGAGCGUGACUCGGAGGAAGCCGAGGAAGACCUGGCGACGGUGGACGGCGACGACUGUGGCUUACGGACGUCGCUGGAUGUGGUAAGCGUGUCCGCGAACGGUUGCGGCGGCGAACGAAAGCAUCUCGAAACCAAAGAACUGGAUCACGUGCUAGAGUACUGCUCGGCGCGAGUGUCACCGUCGAAGUCGGAAGAUCACUAUCGGGCAGUGUGCCGGGCGCUGGUGACGGAAACGCUCGAGCUGCGCACGUUCCUGCAGCGGGUAUCCCAGGGUGAGCUGCGGUUAAAGGUGGAUGUGGAAACGACCGGCAAGGAGCUGGAGAAGAUCCAUUUCAGCGAUUGGUCGGACGACCAACGAAUCUGGCAGGCACUGCAAGCCCGCUUCUGGAUGCAAGUGGUGGAUGAGCUGCGGCGGGGUGUGCGCCUAAAAAAGAUCAACUUCUCGCGCACGCCGAUAGAGUACGAGUUGACACCCUACGAAAUCCUGAUGGAGGAUAUCCGCUCCAGAAAGUACAAUCUACGCAAGGUGAUGGUGAAUGGCGACAUUCCACCGCGGGUCAAGAAGGACGCACACGCCGUCAUACUGGAGUUCAUCCGCUCGAGGCCGCCCUUGCGAAAGGCAUCGGAAAGGAAACUCGCCCCCGCACCGCUGAAGCGAGUGUUCUGCCCCCGCGAGCAGCUGCUGGACUCGAUCCGCAAGGGACGCGUGCUGAAGCCGGUACAUCCGAAGCUGAAGUCAAGACACUGUGAAUCACCGGACGACGAUCCGUGCGUCGAUGCCGUCCGGGAUUUGGCGUACUGUCCGCCGGACAAUAAUCCUCCCGUGGCCCCGACCGAGACGGUUGCGCCUUCGCCCCGCAAACCACCGACCCCGGCCAGCAAGAGCGCCGGCCCGACCGGCCUUCCGCCGAUCAAUCGGGCACCGAAAGCGGCCCCCCGGACGACGCAACCGCCAACGCCGAAGCCGAGAUCAGUUUUACCUACAACAACACAACUAGAUAGCGUACAGAAAUCAUGUGAUGACGACAUCGACUCCAGCAGCAGCGGCGCCCACAGCCUCGACGGGGUCAGCAGCACCGACGGCGAGGGUGGCAGCUGCGGUGGACCCAGCUUCAUCCACCAGCACCCUACAAGCACAAGCAACAAGACGAUGACGCUGGGCCGACCAACGUUUUCGCACACCGGCGGCAGCAGCAGUGCGCCCCGCAACACCCUAAGACUGAUACCAGUGGACUUUUCGCUGUUCAACGAUGAUGACUUAAACGAUGAACCAGUGAACGACGGCGCAGACUCCAGCACGUGCAGUGGACAGCAGAGGAUGCAGCAGAACGGUGGCCACCGGAUAUCGUCCGGCGGUGGGGGCUUGGUGGUGGCCGGUGUCGCGGGAGGAAAGCGCAGCAGCACCGACGAUCGCACCGCCGACAGUACAAAUCGUCUGAUGAUCGUCAACAACGAGAACAAUCAGAACAACAUCAACACAGUGCUGCGUCGAACAAAAAACAUCAUCACGCACGACGAGUAUCAUCGGUUCUGUGAUAAAGCUCUCGAAACGUACGACCUGGCAACGCAGUGCGAAUCCCGACGAGCGUCACUGCGCCGGCACACCAUUAUCGGCUGCAACCAAAGCUACAAGCGCGACCCGCUGGCCAGCCACUCGAUGCCCCCGUCUCGACCCGCCUCCCGGACGGAACAACAUCCUCCGGUGCGGUCCGAAGCAACUCCAGCGUCUACGACACUUCCCGCACCGACGACCAACGCACCGACGAAGGAAAAACCAUCCGCCAUGGUCACCCCGCACACAAUCAAUGGCGCCCGUCCGGCACCGAUCGGAGGCGGAAGCGGCGGUGGUAGUGGUGGUGAGUACGGCACGGUCGGAAGCGGUAGUAACCUGUCGUCGCUGGACACCUGGACCAAAAACUCGCUCGACGAGCACCAGUGGAAGGACACGUUCAACCUGAACGACCGGCUGUCGCUGACGCUCGAGGAGAUCGUACAUAUCCGCUCGGUGAUGACCAAGGCCGAGCUCGAGGGGCUGCCGGUGGACGUGCACAUCAAGGAGGACGUCGAGAAGCGGAAGGUGUGCUUCCUGUGCCUGCGCACCCGCUUCACCCUGUUCGCGCGGGGCAUCCUCUGCAAGCUCUGCCAACGGACGGUUUGCAACAAAUGCAAUACGAAGAUGCGAAUACCUACCGAACAUUUCCGCAAUGUUCCCGUGGUGCUUCUGUCGCCUUCGCUCAUGAACAGCCCCUGCACCUCCAAUACACCCUCGCCGAGUCACCAUGCGCACGGUACCGGUUCCGGACCGACCAGCAUGGUCGACGAAUCCUUCCCGCGAUCCCUGAUGGAGCGAUUGUUACGGCCUGAGUUAGACCGGAAGACUCGAAACACGGUCGGAAGCGCUCCAUCGUCACCAAAGAAUCAACGCUCGGCCUCGAGCACCCCCGGUACCAGCCUGCACGGCACCGAGACCCUCUCGCUGUCACUGUCCCACCACGUGGCCAGUGCGAAUGCCGCCAAAGAUACCGUGGCCGUGGCGAACGGUGCCGUCGUAGCGUCCUCCGUCUCGGCCGCGCAACGGUGCUCCCUGAUGUCCCGCAGCAUGGAGGGCCCGAACAGUCUUCCGCCGCAAAGUCCAGCUCGACCGCAUUCGAACUGCAGCACGCUGGAUAGAAAAAAUCGCUUCGCCAAAGCAUUCACACUGACGACGGCCGGCGGACAGGGAGGCGGUGCGCUGGACCCGCAGAAGGAGCGGCUCACCGGCGAGCUGAUGGCCGUCUGCAACGAUUGUCGCAGCCUGGUGCUGGAAAUCAUACGAUCCUCGCGACAAACCCGAACCACGGCCCGCAACCAGGUGCUGCGCCAUCUGACACUCGACAUCUCACCGGUGUACAAGUAAAAAAGGUGUGCGCUCCUCAGAAUAGAGACGCCCGCAAUCCUGCGACGAGAUCCGAGAUCUAGCAAUUGGCUCCAAGCUCCAAGAACACACACACACACACACUGAAGAAUAGAGAAAUAGAUGGAAAACCCCAUAUAAUUCUUCCAACAAUCCAGUGGGCGCAGCCAUGUUUCGCCCGUCUCUAUUUGUGUGCAAUUUUUACAUUUUUUUUUAUCGUCCUUCCAAAGGACAUUCGAAUCAACAAGCUAUCCACUAGAGGGAAGCUUAAGGGAAAGCACCAGUUUUGUAUCCUCGAAACAAACCCCGCAAGGCAAUAUCGCAUACGUUUACGACGCUGUAUUUAUUAUACUUAUUUAUUGAACAGAAAAAAAAACUAACGAAACAGAAAACCCGACGAGUACGGGGCAUCGGAACAGAACAUCCCGGCUCCCGUGAGCCGACGGAAUUCUUUUCCGUUGACUGUGACGCUAGAACACGCAGUACAGAGGGCAGGAUUGCAAUCGAAAUGGUGCUGCGUUGCGCCUCUGGGUUCCUAAAAAGACUGGCAUACCUCCAUGGCAUUGUAUUGGUUUUGUAAACUUUCUUUAUAUAUUUUGCUUUCUACGAUGCCUUUCUGGUCGGUUAACUUUUUUAUUUUGAGCGGAAAGAGGUUUUACACACACAAAAAUGCAAUGCCAUUUGCAACAAAAAAGCGGGGCAUAAUCGUGUGAUCACACACGAAACGAUGUGGUUGGUGGAGAGGGGAGAGGAAAAGUAACGGAGGUUACAUGGUACAAUUUUGUUCAUAUGUCAUGGAAUAAAAGAGUUUUUCUUUGUAUUAUAGCAUA